AUGAGCGGUGAUGCUGCUCCAAGGGCAUGCCAUUCGUUUAGGAGGACUUACGCUGCUCUUUGUGAUUUCUAUGAUCAGCCUUAUAGGGAUGAAGUGUCUUGGGUACAUAUAAUAAAACGUGUUUUGUCUGCGUACUCAUCUAAUGAUGAUGUUGAGAAAAUAUACGCAGUGAACAGGUUGCAAUGUUUGCGGAUAGAAGACUUUUCACAUUUAUUACCAAAGUCCAUUCAUAGUCGUUUUAGGGAUUUAUUGCCGAUCACAGGAGUUUUGCAGUAUUCAUCAUACUUUACGGGGUUUGAAGCGGAUGGUAUUCGAAUGACAUCUGAAUUCAUUGACGUAAUAAUGUCGGUGCUUCGAAAAUCACGCUAUCUCCAUCAUCUUCAACUGAGAAAUUGUGCUCUUCCGCGCGACUUUGUUACUCUUUUUGCCUCGGCUCUGCAGCAGAAUCCAGCGAUUCCACUGGAAUCUAUAGAUCUCUCCAAAAAUGUUCUCGAUGAUAAAAAAGGUAAAGACAUUUUGGAGAUCUCCAUGCAGUAUAUGUGCUCUGUCAUAAAACAGUUUGUGGAAGGGUUGACAGCAAAAUCCAAUUGCGGUGCAGUGUCCAACUUGACGCACCUCAACUUGUCUACUAAUGUUCUUAAAGAUGAC